AUGGCAGUUCUGUACAUGCUGCUGGUGUUGUUCUCAGCAGUUAUUGUUGGUGGAUUUCUACUGCUGGUCAUGGCCGCAAUUAACUUUGAUUUAUCCAACUCAGACAUUCCUCCUGGAGUGACUCAGCCUGUAAAGCUCCGAAUCCUUCACAUCAUUUUGAUAAUCACAGCUGCGGUGGGAAGGAUUUUGGAGAAGAUUGGCAUCUGCAGUCAGGUUGGCUUUGUCCGGUACAUGCAAGGUAGGACUCCAGGAGCAGACCCGAAGCUCUUCAUCAAGGACCUGUGCUUUGAGAAGGUGCCUGUAAGGAUUUACCAGCCCAAGGUUCCAUCUGCCGGCCGAAGGAGAGGAGUUAUGUUUUUCCACGGAGGAGGAUGGGUGUUUGGAAGUUUUGAGACCCAUGAAAAGCUGUGCUGCUGUAUUGCCAGAGAGAGUGAAUCGGUGGUGAUAGCUGUUGGGUAUCGUUUAGCUCCUGAGCACAAGUACCCUGCUGCCUAUGAAGACUGUCUUAAUGCCACCAUACACUUCAUGAAGAAUGCAGAGCACUAUGGUGUGGAUCCUGCUAAUGUAAUUGUCUGUGGGGACAGUGCUGGGGGCAAUCUAGCAGCAGCUGUUAGCCAGACCCUUGCAGGCAGAUCAGACCUCCCCAAACUACGAGCCCAGAUCUUGAUCUACCCAGGCCUUCAGGCACUGGACUUCAAUUUGCCAUCCUAUCAGCAGAACCAGGGAGUCCCUCUCUUACACAGAGAGCAUGCUGCUUUCUACGUGUUACAGUACCUAAAUGGGGAUGCAGCAAACAUGGAAGAGGUCCUGAAGGGUUCCCAUAUUCCUAUAGAUAUUAAAUUAAAAUAUAGCAAGUGGGUUAGUCCAGAUAACAUACCUGAAAAAUUUAAGGUCAGAGGCUACAAACCACAUGUGCUUCUUGACUGUACAACUGAAGUUUUUGAGAAAGUUAAAAGAUUCUGUGAGCCCAACCUGUGCCCACUGUUGGCUGAAGAUUCCACUGUUCAGCAGCUGCCUGAGUCUUUCAUCUUGACUUGUGAAUAUGAUGUGCUGAGGGAUGAUGGUUUGCUUUACAAGAAGAGACUGGAGGACAAUGGUGUCCAGGUGACCUGGUGCCACCUCGAGGAUGGAUUCCAUGGAAUCAUAAAUUCAUUUAAUAAUGGCUGGUUGUCAUUUCUAGCUGGAAAAAGGGGUCUUGACAAUGUUGUGAACUUUCUGAAAAGCUUAUAA